AAAAAUACCAAUAAUGUUUACUAUUUAAUUCAAUGGAAUUUUUCUACUAUUCAAGUUGCUCUUAAUGAAAGUUUCGAUUAAGCGCAUCAUGCCCAUAGAAAAAAUUGAAUGCUUGAGUUGACACUACAAUUCAAAAAAAAAAAAUGCAGCGCGCGUUUUUAAGCGCAUCGAAUUUUAACACUGCAACGUGACUUUCUCUUUUGGUUUCUUUCUUUCCCUUUACUUACAGGACGCGAUACAUAUACUAUGAGCGUUUUUCCAAAGGAAACCAUUAAAAAUAUUGGUGAAUCGCUUGGCAUUACCAACCUCAAAGACGAAGUAGCAACAGCAUUAGCACAAGAUGUGGAAUACAGAGUGCAUGAGCUUAUUCAAGAAGCAGCAAAAUUCAUGCGUCAUUCCAAGAGAACAAGGCUCUCUGUGGACGAUGUGAAUGCAGCCCUUCGAGUCAAGAAUGUAGAGCCUUUGUAUGGAUACGCAUGUGGAGAAACACCCAAGUUUAGAAAGACAACUCUCAACUCGAACGAUUUGUAUUUUGAUGAUGAUGAAGAAGUUGAUUUUGAUACAGUCUUGAAUAAACCACUUCCCAAAAUCCCUUUGGAUGUUACAUUUACUGCUCAUUGGCUUGCUAUUGAAGGCGUUCAACCUGCUAUUCCACAAAACCCUACACCCAGUGAUGCUAAAGCAGAAUUACUAUCGAAGCGUACAAAGAGUCAUGUCAGUUCCAAUGGCAUCACAACAGACCAAGUCAAUGUGAAGCCACUUGUCAAGCACGUUUUGUCUAAAGAGCUUCAAAUGUACUUUGAACGUAUAACAGAGGCUGUAUUGAGUGAAGACGAUCGAUUACAAUCACAAGCAUUUGAAAGUUUGAGAUUGGAUCCUGGUCUUCAUCAACUUUUGCCCUACUUUGUUCAACAUAUUCAUAAAAAGGUCACUCAAAACCACAAGAAUCUGGAUGUGCUUGAAGCCAUGUUGUCCAUGUCGCAUUCUUUACUGAACAAUAAGCAUUUGUUUGUGGAGCCCUAUCUACAUCAAUUGAUACCACCUAUUCUUUCUUGUAUGGUAGGCCGUGUCAUUUGUGAGAAUCCUCAACAACAAAACCAUUGGUCAACACGUCAACGAGCUGCUUCUCUUAUUGCUACUAUCUGUCAUCGCUACGGAAAGGCAUAUCAUACAUUACAACCCCGUAUCACAAAGACAUUAUUGCGUGCCUUUUUAGACCCUGUCCGUCCUUUAACAACACAAUAUGGUGCUAUUAUUGGGUUGGAUAAGAUUGGUCCUGAAGUAACUCGUGUGCUUGUGGCUCCUAAUAUCAAGUUUUAUUCAGAAAACUGCUUAAACCAUUCACUUCAUAGCUCAAAUCCAGCUCGAGUACAAGAAGCCAUCAAAUGCAAAGAAGCUCUUUUGGCCGUCUUGGAUCAUAUUUCAAAGCAAGACAAUCCAGUGUCUACUGGCUCUGAUAUGGAUCAAGACUCAACUUAUUCUGAACAAGAGAAGCAGCAGUUAUUGGAUUUUAUUGGGGCUCUUAUUGGUGAAGCAUAUUUGGAAAAAGAGCACAGAAAAACACAUAUUAAAAGUUUGAUUGAGCUAGCACAACAAUAAAGAGUCAUAUUUUACCAAGCAUAAGGUUGAACUUGUGCAGGA